GGCUCGCGUCACACCCGGAAGAAGGGGCCCGAGCGGAGCCGGCCGCGAUGAGCGGGGAGCCGGGGCAGACGUCUGUAGCGCCCCCUCCCGAGGAGGUCGAGCCGGGCAGUGGGGUCCGCAUCGUGGUGGAGUACUGUGAACCCUGCGGCUUCGAGGCGACCUACCUGGAGCUGGCCAGUGCUGUGAAGGAGCAGUAUCCGGGCAUCGAGAUCGAGUCGCGCCUGGGGGGCACAGGUGCCUUUGAGAUAGAGAUAAAUGGACAGCUGGUGUUCUCCAAGCUGGAGAAUGGGGGCUUUCCCUAUGAGAAAGAUCUCAUUGAGGCCAUCCGAAGAGCCAGUAAUGGAGAACCCCUAGAAAAGAUCACCAACAGCCGUCCUCCCUGCGUCAUCCUUUGACUGCACAGGACUCUGGGUUCCUGCUCUGUUCUGGGGUCCAAACCUUGGUCUCCCUUUGGUCCUGCUGGGAGCUCCCCCUGCCUCUUUCCCCUACUUAGCUCCUUAGCAAAGAGACCCUGGCCUCCACUUUGCCCCUUUGGGUACAAAGAAGGAAUAGAAGAUUCCGUGGCCUUGGGGGCAGGAGAGAGACACUCUCCAUGGACACUUCUCCAGCCACCUCAUACCCCCUUCCCAGGGUAAGUGCCCACGAAAGCCCAGUCCACUCUUCACCUCGGUAAUACCUGUCUGAUGCCACAGAUUUUAUUUAUUCUCCCCUAACCCAGGGCAAUGUCAGCUAUUGGCAGUAAAGUGACGCUACAAACA